AUGGGAUCAAGAUUAGGAUUGAGGUUUUGUUUAUUAGUUGGUUUGACAGCACAAAUAAUUGGAAUAGCCAUAUUAUGUGGACUACAAGCUGAUUGGAGUAAAGUAAUAGUGAUCAUUUAUAUAAUUAUUGCACAAGGUUUCAGCGGUGUUGCAAAAGAUAUGGUCAAGAUAGGUGGUAAAUCAGUUACAAAACUAGUAACAAGUGAUCAAGAAAAAUCUAGAUUGUUCAAAUUGGUUGCUUGGUUGACUGGUGCGAAAAAUUCGGUUAAGGGUGCUGGCUUCUUCUGGGGUGCUUUCCUCCUUAAUUUUAUUCAAUACGUUCCAUCAUUGAUUGUUUUAUUGUUGAUGAACUUUAUUGUCAUGAUACCUGCUUGGUUUUAUCUUGAUAGAGAUCUGGCUGUAUCCAAGUCAAAGAAAAAAUUAACUUUGAAACAAAUCUUUUCCAAAGGGAGAGAUGUAAACAUACUAUCUAUUGCUAGAAUGUUUUUGUUCGGAUCACGUGAUUUAUGGUUUGAAGUUCCACUACCAUUAUUUAUACGUGGACCUUCAAUUGGCUGGUCAUAUAUUCCAACUGGAGCAUUCCUUGCAGGAUGGGUGAUAUUUUACGGAUUUAUACAAUCAAGUACUCCACAACUAAUUUUAAAACCAAUUAAACAAUAUCCAUUAAAAAGUGGCAAAAUCUUAGUCCCGUCAACACUUUUUCUACUACUAUUAUCAAUUGGUGUAGCCAUCGGAUUAACUGUAGUCCAACUAUCUCUAUCCACCACAUCAAGAUAUGUUCCAUUAUUGGUGCUAUUAUUGGUUGGGUUAUUUCUAUUUGCACUUAUAUUUGCAAUAAAUUCAUCAAUACACUCGUUUUUGAUAUUGGCAUAUUGUAAACGUGACAAAGUGGCAAUAAAUGUAGGAUUCUAUUAUAUGGCAAAUGCUCUUGGUAGAUUGUUGGGUUUAAUUAUUGGGGGGAUUUUGUUUUAUUAUUUAGAUUUCUAUGCUUGUUUAUGGGCAUCUGUUGGAUCUUUAAUUUUUUGUGUUAUGGUUUCUCAUUUCUUGGGACCAAUUCCUCAAUCAGAUGAAAAUGAAUCUUAA